AUGGGAGCUUAUCUUAUGGAUAUGUUUGUCGCCCGAGAACGUCUAGCUGCUUUGUCAAAAAUUUGCAGAACUUACAAACCUGAGGUCAAAUUAAGGUUCGUCACGGAAGAACUAGGAUUCGAGUCCGAUGGCGAUGCUGCUCAAUUUAUCUGUGACCACAAUGGACAGGCUUUAUUAGUGGAGAAAGAUGGCGACCUUCGAUUCCUCUCUGGCCAAGCCGGCCAGAUUUUUGAGAACGCAAAAGCUGAAGCCUUCCGCGCGAUUGAUAUCAAGGGCCAAAUCUAA